CCACCGGAAGUUCCCCAUGCGAGCUGCCGGUGUGUCUCACGUCACGUCUUGGUGGCCGGUUGGUUCAUCGUGGAGGUUUUUUAAAAACCGACCCAGCAGCCACUCUUUGAUUUUUUUAAAUGACAGGAAAUGCGUGACUCCUCGCGACUACACGGUCACGUCCAAACAAACCAGGCCGGGCGCACGCAGCCGCCUUCGGGGACCGGCACGAGGAGGCUGCCGCGACGUGUCACCUUGAAUUGCGCCUGCUCGGAUGCUAACGCCGAGCUAACAACAUCAACAACAACAACAACAAUCACACGACUCGUUCACAGCGGCUGUCACCCGGGGGCUGCUUGGUUUCCACGUGGACUCAUGUCCCCGCGCUUCUCAGUGGCCGCACGGGGUUUUUAGGAAACAGAAGAUGGGGGUAGUUCUUCGGAACCUCCAAAAGGUGGUGUCCCUCCGCCGCGCCCGGCUGCGACGGGACGUGGACACGCUGAGACACAUCCUGGGCGUCCACAAGUUCGACGUGGGCAUCGUGUGCGUGGACAAUCAGAAGAUUCAGCAGAUCAAUCACACCUACAGGAAGAAGAAUGUCCCCACGGAUGUCCUCUCGUUCCCAUUCUACGAGGACCUACGACCUGGUAAGCUGCCGUGUCCUCUUCAUAGAGACGAGCUGAACCUAGGAGACAUUUUCCUGGGGGUGGAGUUUGUGAUGAAGCAGUGUCAGGAGGAGUCUCUGGAUCUUCACGAUGCUCUCACUGUGGUCACUGCACAUGGGAUCUGUCACCUGUUGGGCUACAGGCACGAGACUGAGGAAGAAUGGACUGAGAUGCUGCAGAGGGAAAGCUACAUUCUCACCGAGUACAACAGACUCACAGGACGUCACCUGCAGCCACUGAUGAAGACAUGUGAUCACGACAGAUGACAGUGGCUGCCACCGGCUGCCUUCACAGCUCAACACUCAACUCUGUGUACUAUGGUGCUUGAUAUUGCUUGUACACGGUCAUGCAACCAGAUCAGAUGUUUUAUUUACUGUCAUAGCAACAUAAAUAUGUUGCUACCGCUUCUGGAAGGACUGAAACAUGCAGCUACUGGUUCUGUGGAAGUCCACAAGCACUGGAUCCAUGUAUUGUUAUAGAGUUUUACACAUUAAAUUAAAAGUCUGUUCACUUUCA